AUGGACUCGGACUGGAAUACUGAUCAUUUUGUUGUACCCUCAAACAUCGCGGCUGGAACCGAUACACAAGUGAUGUCAAUGGAGAGUGAUCACUGGUUCAUCCCCCAGGACUUGAAACAGCGCGGGCCCGCUGUCCAUGAACAACAACAAGAUGUCUCACUUCCCAAGCUUGGAAUCUUCGAAGAGUUAGGCGCCCCUGUACUUUCCGCGGAAGAUAGGCAGGCCUACGAUCUACAAUAUUUCCCCCUCUUCGAUUCGAGUGCGCACUCCAUCCUUGCUGUAGAUUCAGCUUCCUCAACCCCAGUUGUAUCCCCGACCACGACAUACAACUCCUACACGCCUUUGGGUAGUCAAAGCCCUGCAUCUACCAAAGCAGUAGGAUUUAAUCAAUAUUAUACACCUCCAAACGCGGUGAACGGAAUACAAUACGGGCCCGGGGUGAACCAUCAUGCGUAUCAUGGGUACGGUGGAUUGAACUACCCUGCCCUCAAUUUAGGAGCUCUACCAGAACUCUCCGGGUUCAAUGAUGUUGACAGAAUGGAGGCUCAAGGUGAAGCUACCUUCGACGCGUCCGAUAGCUCCGCCGUUGAUCUGCCCAACGCCAUGACGCUCCCAGAUAUUCUUUCCGUGCAAGCUCAUCCUAUGGAACGCAUCGAAGGAUCUCCGAACCACAACAUUCUCGUUCCUUACCCUUUUGAUGAUCUGCCUAGCGGAAGAUCCCUCGAUUUGGGCUUCAGCUACAACCCUACCCAAUAUCAAGAUCAUACAUCUUACCCUUGUGCACCGGAAAAUCGAAUCAGUGUCGCUAUAGCCUCCACGUCCACUGCGGCCCAGCUGCCCCAGAUGAUUCAGCUUCCAGGAGCUCCUCAAUUCCCUUCCCUGACCCGUCUUUUAGAUCAGCAGAACGAGGGAUUUAUUCACCGGUCUGAUGCGCAGAACGUAGGAUCUUACUCAUCCCCCACUCUCGCAACAUUUGGUAGAUUCGGAGUUCCUCAGCAACCACCGAAACGCGUUCAUUCCACCCUCGACGACGACUACGAGGAUAUCGCCGUUCAGCCUGCGGGACCUUCAAAGGGUACCAAAUCCAAUAACAGUGUUAGAAACCCUUCUUCUGAGGGACCCGAUCUCGGAACAAAACGUCGCAGACUGCAACCGCCUAAAGCAGCACUCCAAGCUGUCCAACCUAUCCUCGCCUCCGCGAUCUGCCGAAUCUUGGACGAACAUGGACGCGAAUGCGGAACCAACCUGACCCCAGAAAAUGUGAACGGGCAUAUUCAGGGACAUGUUGAUCGUUUGAAGCCUGUUCCAGCGAAAGGAAAGCAAGCUAAUUCGGCUCACCGGGAAAAGCUACGAUUGGCUUGUGCAUGGAACAUGGGGGAGGAAGGGCAGCAGGUGAUAUCUUGCACGACGAUGGUUGCGGAUAUCAGAGGGUUGAAACGACAUUUCCACACGCAUCACAAGAUCAAGGUCCUCUGUCCGAUUUCAGGCUGCACGAGAGGGCCGAUGGCUAGAGGAAGGCCGGAGCAAGUGAAGAAACACAUGGAACUCGCGCAUCACAUUAAUUUUCUUGAAGGAAAGCACCGCCCGAAACCAGAUGCUGAGGAAUACACCUGGGAAGAAGUGUCUUAUCUGGCCGGUGAGGCUCAGCUGGGGGUGUUGGGAUUGUUGUAGUAGGUUGUGAAUUUUCGAUGAACGACUCUGGCAGGACUUCAGUACCACCUUCAUUCUUUUUUGAUGACUUGCAUUGCGUCUUAUAAUAAUAAAAUUAGCAUAUCUUCCCC